AGUGGUUUCUCAGACAGCAGCAGCAGCCACAACUCAGUCCAAAGUGAAGACUGUACCAUCAGUGUCGGACUCGGCUAACGCUAGUACCAGUCGGGCACGAGUGGCUUGGGUUGACUCAGUUCGGAUUACUUCCCUUCGCUGUUCCGAUAACCGUCAUGGCGGCGGCGGAUCCCCGCUACUCCAGAGGAGGUUUCCCCGCGGGGGAAAGCAGCAACGACCGCGACGGGCCAGGCGGCGGCAGCGGGGAAAGCGAGCGGGACCGGGCCACCUUCGAAUGCAAUAUUUGUUUGGACACAGCCAGGGACGCUGUCAUCAGUAUGUGCGGACACCUGUUCUGCUGGCCCUGUCUACAUCAGUGGUUGGAGACGCAGCCCAGCAGGCAGCAGUGUCCGGUGUGCAAGGCGGGCAUCAGCAGAGAGAAGGUCAUCCCGCUGUACGGACGGGGAAGCUCCAGCCAGGAGGACCCCAGGUUGAAAACCCCACCCCGGCCUCAGGGGCAGAGGACGGAGCCGGAGAGCAGAGGCGGGAUGUUCCAGGGCUUCGGGGAUACCGGUUUCCACAUGUCGUUUGGCAUCGGCGCUUUCCCCUUCGGCUUUUUCACGACAGUCUUCAACGCCAACGACCCCUUCCACAGAGCAGACCAGUAUGCAGGUGAUCACCAAGGUAACGGGAACGGCAACAACAGCUGGCAGGACUCGCUCUUCCUGUUCGUGGCCAUCUUCUUCUUCUUCUGGCUGCUGAGCGUGUGACUGACCUGGAGAGGAGGUGGUUUUACCGAAAUCGGAAACGGGGAGGGAGGAGUGCAGCAACACACAUGAACACACACACACACACCUGGACAGGUUCCUCCUCCCGUAGUCACGUCGCCGCAGCACAAGCCCCCGCCUGCUCGUCGUUUUUUUUAUGCCUGGCGACGUGGAACCCCAGAAAUCGGUCGUGGCGGUCGUCUGGGCUCACAAAACAUUUUAGGAAGUGGAAAUGUUUGGGUUUGGCGUUCAGAUUCAGUAUUACAUAAUCCGAAUGAUCAGAUGGAUGAGGUCACUUCAUUCAUCAGAUUACCAACUCCUCUUUAUUUAGAGGAGGGGGGGGCUCUGUGGGCAGAUGUGGAUUGGCCAUGGGGGGUGGGGGGUUAGGAGUGCAGCCAAGUUCCUGUUCAGUCUCCAUGGGAGCCUCCUCCAAACAUUUGUCUUAACCCGUUUCUCCUGGUGGAGGUCGCCUGAAGGCGGAGCCGCCCUGAAGGCGGAGCCGACCUUCCUCUUCAGACUAACUAAAAGUCAGAGCUUCGCCUCCCACGAAUUGCAUAACCGACUUGGCCAGAACGCCACGACCGGCAGAGAGAAUCCUCAGAAACCACUAUAGAUAUUUCCGAGAUUUGAGUGACGGCUCGCUCGACCGGCACCGCCCCCUUUUCCAAAGCUACAGGAUUGCGAAACACUUGUGGAUUUUUGUGAGUGCGUAUGUGUGCAUACAGUAUAUAUUUGUAUAUAUAAAUAUUGUACAUGCUGUGACUGGAUGGGAGAGCCCUGGAGAAGAUGUGCGACUGUGAAGUGUUCAAACUGUCUACUUCCUGGAAUACUCUCGUCAUACGUGUUACUCGGGUACUUAAAUGUCUAACCUGUAAAUUCUGAUGAAAGAUUAAAAGUUUGACUGCCUUUCACUCUAAAGGUGAAUUCCUGCUCAUUCAAAGGGGAUGUGGGUCACAUGCGUAGCCAGGAAUGGACUAUUUGCUGGUUUCCUCUCUAGAUGCCAUUGCUCUGAGUGCUGACUGCCAUCUACAGACCAAACCAGCCCAUGAAGUCCUUAGAUGUUUGUGACUCUAGUCGUGCUUUGAAAACCAGAUGUUUUAGUCAGAUCUUCCAUUGUUCUCCAUGAAUGCCUCCAGGGGACCCUGCAGCUCCACCGUCCAGACUCAUCGUCCCUGAAAUGUGCAGAUCUGGAGAUCUUUCACCUGGAAGUUGGACUGAAAACACUUUUCAUUUCAUGUCCCGCUGCGGGACGGACACAAACAAUCUGCUUGGACUCUGAUGUUUCUGAUGGGUUUAGCUGCGUUUGAUAGGAAAGUGGUUUAACGUGACGCUAAAUUACCGUGUUGGCUUAAGGACUGUUGUACAAAACCCAAUGGUCUCAGAUUAAAACUUGAAUUAACCAAA